AUGGCCAAGGGUAAAGAUAUCCGAGUAAGGGUUAUUUUGGAAUGUACCUGUUGUGCUCAAAAGAGUGUUAAUAAGGAAUCAACGGGUAUUUCCAGAUAUAUUACUCAAAAGAAUCGACACAAUACGCCCAGUCGAUUAGAAUUAAGAAAAUUCUGUUCUUGUUGUUGCAAACAUACGAUUCAUGCAGAGAUAAAGAAAUAG